AGAUGCUGCUGCUGCGAGGGCAUUGCCCUCGAGUGGUCCUAUGAAGACAAAUGAUGGCUAUGGAAAGGAGCUUUUCUAUGAAGUUGUUAAGAAGUUCAGAUGGGUCCCUCUCUGAAGUUGUGCAGAAGUGGAAGGAAUAUCAGCUCCAGUGCCAAAAAUACUUAUAUGAGACACCCCCUAUUGUGGCAGAAGGCAAGUUCUGCAACAGAACGUUUGACGACUAUGCCUGCUGGCCAGAUGGACUGCCUGGCACCUACGUGAAUGUCAGCUGCCCCUGGUAUCUCCCCUGGGCUAAUGCAGUGCUGCAUGGGCAGGUGUACCGGUUCUGCACCUUGGAGGGGACGUGGCUGCUGAAGGAGAAUUCGACGCUGCCCUGGAGGAACCUGUCUGAGUGUGAGUCCUCUGACCAGGAUGCACCAGAAGAACAGCUCCUGAAUUUGUCCAUCAUAUACACCAUUGGAUAUGCUCUUUCCUUCUCUGCCCUUGUAAUAGCAACUGCCAUUCUUCUUGGAUUCAGGCAUCUGCAUUGCACGAGGAAUUACAUUCACCUGAACCUCUUCACCUCUUUCAUCCUCCGGGCUAUAUCUGUUUUCAUUAAAGAUUCAGUGGUGAAGUGGAUGUACAGCACAGCCACACAAGAGCACCAGUGGGAAGGACUUAUUGCCUUCCAGGAAUCGCUCAGCUGCCGGUUGGUCUUUGUGAUGAUGCAGUAUUGUGUGGCUGCAAACUACUACUGGUUGCUGGUGGAAGGCAUGUACCUUUACACGCUGCUGGUACUUUCAGUCUUCUCUGAGCAAAGGAUUUUUCGGCUUUACCUCUGCAUUGGCUGGGGUGUGCCAAUGCUGUUUGUUAUCCUCUGGGGAACUGUCAAGUACCUUUAUGAAGAUGAAGGUUGCUGGACCAGAAACUAUAACAUGAAUUACUGGUUGAUCAUCAGACUGCCCAUUCUCAUUGCCAUUGGGGUAAAUUUCCUCAUCUUUAUCAGAGUUAUAUGCAUCAUCAUCUCCAAACUGCAGGCUAAUUUGAUGUGCAAAACUGACAUAAAAUGCAGGCUGGCCAAGUCUACGUUGACUCUGAUCCCGCUGCUGGGGACCCAUGAGGUCAUCUUUGCCUUUAUUACGGAUGAGCAUGCCAGAGGGAUGCUGCGCUUUGUGAAGCUUUUUACUGAACUCUCCUUUGCUUCAUUCCAGGGGCUGAUGGUUGCAAUUCUUUACUGUUUCAUCAAUAAUGAGGUUCAGAUGGAAUUUCGGAAAAGCUGGGAGCGCUGGAGAUUAGAACAUCUGUAUGUCCAGAGAGACAGCAGUAUGAAACCUCUGAAGUGUCCAGCCAACAGCAUCAGUAGCGGAGGCACGGUAGGCAGUAGCGUCUAUGCUGCCACUUGUCAGGCCACGUUCAGCUGAGAUUUCUGCAGGUGAAUCAGACUGAGAACAAUGAACUGUAUAAUAUACCUGAAAACCUUUAAAUACCCCAGCAAGUGGCUUAAGUAUGCCAUCUCCAGCAAGAAACUUAAGCAUAUGAUGCUCAUUGCCUGCAGCCUGUUGGACAAAGGUUUCUAGGGAAAGCAAUCUGCUAAUGUAAUCAUUAGCAUCAUCAGAGGAAAACAUUGAUCACGUCUAAAGUAAGUUAAAGAGUUUCUUCCUAUUUGCACACAAGGCCUCCAGGUGUCCAAAACUUAAGCAUAGCAUUGAUCCAGUCUGAAACCACGGGGUCAAUGGCUUAUUACUGUUGAGUAGGCGAGCUGAGUGAUUGACUGAUUAAAUUACAACGAUGCAGAAUAUGAUUAUUGCCAAAAAAUACAUUUAGACUUCUAUGGGGACAGGGUAAGGUGCUAUCACCAUUUAUAGAAAAAAAAUAGUGGGACACAACUCACAUUUCAGGGAAGAACCAGUUUUGUAGUAGGAGUUUCCCAAAGUUAAAGUUGAAAAAAAUACGUUAACCUGUUUUCUGUGUAGGUGAAGGACAGCAUCCUGAAGGUUUAUCGAUUUACAGCAGGUAGUUUGGUGAACACUUGAACACUUCUGAAUGCUCUUUUUAAGCUUCACUUGCAAAAAAAAAA